GUUUUAAAUAUAGGGGUGUGGAUAGUAAAACUAUGGCUGCAUUAAGAAUUGCCCUUAAACCGUAUCAAUAACCAAAGCCCAAAGAGCUAUUGACUCGUCACUCAUCAACAUCGACGAACGCGGAACCGCCGGAACGCCAACGCCAACUUGCAAAUUGUUGACGCUUGGCCGGCAACCGCCUCCACCCUGCCCCUUCCGUCCUUCUCAUUUCUGCUGAGCUGACUGCUCAGCCUUCUGUAGCGCUGCAAAACCCACGACUGAGCCGGGUGAUCGCGGGUGACCGGCACCACCGCCUGGAGGCUGGAGCCUGCAUGACGUCCGACCACUGGACCUGCGAUUCAGACGAUUUUGUUUCUUCCAAGCCCCCCUUUUCCCUUCUCAGUUCUCUGGUGUUGGAGGAGCCAUGUCACUGGUGAAAAGAUCUUGGAAGCAGAAGCGUCAGAGCGAGAACAUCCUUGAUUGUAUGAUGCAUAGGACUAAGAAGCCUUCUAUUGGACUUGAGGAGAAGAUGAAGGUUGUUAGCAGGGAAAAAAGGUGGAAUGAGAUGCCACAUGAUAUUUUGGUUGACAUAAUGAAGCACAUAGGUUAUUUUCAGAAGACUUACACCAUAAAGCAUAUGUGCAAGUCAUGGCUAUCUGCUCUGUUAGACUCUGUUUUCCCACCGGGAGAUGUGCUUGACCUGCGCCUUUUUGAUAAGAUCACAGAAAAUGCUGAAACAACCCAAAGAGUGUAUGAGAAUUACCUCUGGAUGGUGCUCAAACGACGCAAAUACACCAAGGUUUUUUUCCCUCAACGCCCCUUCAGACGAGAGCUCUAUGAGGGGAUAGCUAAAAGGUACCUCAUCUGGAAGUCCAUUCCCUAUUGAUCAUAAUGCUUUAGUGAGGCCUUGGAUUGGGAAAAACUCUAGAGUCCCUAGUAGUCACGUAUGCAAUACAAUCUUACAACUUUCUAGUUAUUAUUUAAUGUUUUUAUGGUCUAUAUUCAACUUUAUUUCUGUUCAACAUACUUUGACCUUUCAGAGCUGUCCUUUUCCUGCACCAGCCUUUUAAAAUGCUUUUUCAUAAGUUGCAGCUACUUCUGUGUAUUAUGUCCAAGUCGCCAUUUGUCUUUUCUGAAAUUUCAACCUGAGAAAUGUUAGUUUUAAGUUUUAAAGUGCUACACUGAACAGUGUAAAAUUGCAAUUCAAUCUUUCCCAUUUUUUCCAGCAUCACCAGGGGAUUAAGGACUGAAUUACCCAGUUUGUUAGUUGAUCCCUGCCUGAGAGUGGUAUUACUAGUUUUGGUUGAUGUCUUUGUAUUCUAAACAAGAUUCUGGGUAUAAUCUAUUGCAAAGGAUUAUGAGCGGUAUCACAUCUAGGUGUUAGUUUGCAGGAGCCCUACAUCACCACAUGCAGGGGUGGAGACAGGGAGGGGCUGGAGGUGGCCACGGCCCCUGCAGGAAAAAAAUUCUUAAGUAUAUAUUAUGUAUAAAUACUUUUAAUCUGUAGAAAGUAUGUUGAUAUUUUAAACUUUGGCCCCUUCAAUGUAGAAUUGUUAAGGAUUGGCCCCUGUAACCCUAAAUGUCUGGCUCCGUCAUUGACCACAUGGGCUACAAUAUUUUUUUAUGCGUAUUCUUUGGUUUUGGUGUCACUAGCACAUGAGUAGAAGGAAAUAACUCUGUAAUACUUUCUGAUCACUCCUGGAAAUUAAACCCAAACAGAUGAAGACUGGUCUUGCUUUCAGUGAAACACUAGAAGAUGGAAAUGGUUUGCAGAAAAUGACUCUGUUUUUCUGGAAAUUAUUUUCCCAGAAACACCUGCUUCUGAAACAGACCGUAAAAUAAACAGACCCUAUAGAACUGUGCUCUGGUUUGACCUCAAUUUCAUCCAUGCUAGUUAAUACAUUUAAACAACCUUAUCAACAUCAGGAACUUGAACUUACCCUUCAUUAUAGUUGCUUCACAAUCUGUUUUGGAAAAAGACUGGCUAUCAAUAGUAGAGGUCAUCUGCACUACCAAUGUGGUGACAUGCAAUGGGGUUUAUGCUUACAUCUUCAGUUUUUUUUUUCUCUCCAGACUGCCUGAAUUGGAAUGUGUAGUUAUCCACAGACAUUUUCGUGUUGGUUCAUUGAGAUUGAUGACAGGUAUGUUUCGUUAUUGGCCAAAGCUAACAGAAGCACACUUACAUGUUUUUUUCGUGAGAAAGAUUGUCCAUUGCAAAGAGAUCACAAAACUUCAACUAUAUGGAUGGAUAAGAGACAACAAUGCGGAUAUGAUUGCCAACAAGCUGCCUCAACUGGAGCAUCUAGAUAUUCAAUCAUGUGUGUUGUCUUCUAGAGCUCUCGCUAUAAUACUGGAUGGGCAAAGAGAGCUAAAGCACCUUGACACUCGUCAUGCUGCCCGCUUUGAUGAUAAGUUCCUGAGUGUGUUUGGAGGUAAUCCAUUUGGAAAAGCCAUUGAUUGGAAUGAGGAGGAGAUCUUUCCUAAGGUUGCUCAUAUCAAGACAUAUUUGGAGUGCCAGAGGAAAUGUUGCCCUGUCUGUGCCAACUUCUAUGAUGCUUCUGUUUCUAAGCUUGGAUUGCGUGCUUGGUUGUUCUAUGAUUUAUCUAAUCACCCCCAUGAGCGAGGGUGGUGUAUAUCUAAUAAAUGUAUCGCGGGACGUUAUCCGUACACAGUACCGACUGUGUCGUGCAUUGUUCAUGAGUUUGGAUCAAUUCUACCAAGCGACUUUAGACCUGUACAAGAUGAUUCACGUGUUCUUUCCAUCAAUCGUGAUUUCUAGCUGAUAGAUCAUCAUCCUUAUUCUAUCAAUACAGGGGCAUGCCAUGUAGGAGAUUUUGAUUUUCUUACGCCAUCCAACCCUACCAAGGCAAGUAUCAUUGGGGGUGGGUGCAAAACAAUCCGUGUUGUAACUUUUAACUUAUUCAGUAGGAUAAAUUACACCCUCUAUGUAGGGGAUCAUUUGUUUGUCACUUGGGAUGUUUUUACUUGGACUGUAAUUUGUUCCAGAUCAGACUAGACUUGUGUAGUUAUAAAAAUUCAAAGAAACCAGAUCAGUUUAGAUCAGACCAGACCAGCAAAUUACAGUCCAUGUAAAAACAUCCUUAUUAUUUAAGUGUUGUAUUGUUAGUUUACAUCCAGUCGUAAGUCAAUCUGGAUUUUAA